UCUCCACUGUGGAUGGCCGUGACGAAUGUCUUUUGGACCCCAACAUCAGAUCUGCCGCCUCUUUCUCUUUUCCCCCAGACUUCAAACUCUUGACCUUGUCCACCAUUUCGAAAUUUUGUAUUACAUCAAGCAGCAGUGACACACGGUAUCUUUAUACGGCAAGGAAACAAUAUUUAUAGCAUAAUAUCGCAAACAUGGACGAAAAAACCUUAUUGCCAACGACAACACCAACCACCACCAACCCACCACCUAUUCCGUCCAAACCCAACAACAACCACCAAAAUGGCCGCGAUAAACACGCCCUCCGUCGCUUCCUUAUCGCCGUCUGCCUGAUGGUAAUGGUAUGGACCCUGUGCGGACUCGAUAUGGGCCUUGACGACAACGACGCCCUAUCGGAAUGGUCGCUCGAGCAAAUGCCAUUAACACCCAUCAACACCAUCACCAUACCGACCACCGAUGCCGACGUCGGCGGUGACGCUGGCCACGAACUGGUAGCCCUCGAGGCGCACAUCAUGAGCAAAUGCCCCGACGCGCGAGACUGUCUUAGGGAGCUGGUGCUGCCUGCUAUGCAGAGGGUUUAUACCAAGGUCAACUUUACCUUGUCGUUUAUCGGAACACCGACCAACGGCGAUGAUGGAGUUGCUUGCAAGCAUGGCCCAGAAGAGUGCCUGGGAAACAUCAUUGAGCUUUGCGCCCAGAAGCUAUACCCCGAUCCCAAGAGCUUCCUUGGCUUCACUAUGUGUUUGACCAAGAACUACGAUGAGAUCCCCCAGCGCAGCUUGAUCGAAGACUGCGCGCUCGAGCACGCCAUCGAUUUUGACGAGCUCAACAAGUGUGCUACCCAGGACGAUGGUGCCCUGGGCAUCGGUUUGCUCAGGGACAGCGUCAAGAGAAGUGCCGAUGCCGGCGUAACAAAAAGCUGCACCGUCCGCCUAGACAACGAGAUCUUUUGCAUCCGCGACGGCGGCCAGUGGUCUGACUGCCCUCACGGCUCCAGCGUUAAUGACCUAGUCCUGGCGGUAGAGAAGCUGUACGGACGUGAGCUCUAGAACAUCUAUCUAAAUAGUCCU